AUGGAAGAAAAAAGUGGAGGGGGAAAAGUGGAGGCCCCAAACCCCUACAAGGUAAUGAAGGUUUUUGGGGACUUUUUUGUCCCGCAGUGGUUCGCUUCAUGGGAGACGCUGUUUAAAGGGAUCAGGGGGCCAAACUCCGCCGCCUCCUGUCCUCCAGAGAGGAGCCCGCAGACCCGGCAUCCCGCAGGGAAAACCCUAGGUAGUGAAGCCCGUGGUGAGCGUGUACCCAGCAGCAUCCAGACCCAACCAGGAGGGGAAGACUCCCUGCUGUGUCUGGCCUCAUCCAUGUUUCCUCCUGUGGUCCAGUUCUCCUGGAAAAGACAGAAGAAGGGCGGCUCUCUGGAGGAUCUGACCUCUGCUCAGGGAGAUCAGCUGGAGCUCAGAGAGUCAGGACGCAGAGCCUCCAUCAGACUGGUGAAUAGAGAUGAUCUGUACACAUAUAAAUACAUCUGCUCCGUCAAGCACGAGGGAGGCAUAGUGGAGGACACACUGGAAGAAAGAGAGGAGGACAGAGUGGAGGCCCAAGCACUACAAGGGGUUCCAGCUCCAGCAGCCUCCUGUCCUCCAGAGAGAGAGCCAGCAGACCUGGCAGCUCUGCAGCAACAUCACUGUAAGAUCACCUGCUGCCUCUCUGCAUGGACAGCUCCAAUGUCCAAUGAGGACACUAGAACAACUUUACAGGAUCAAUCUGACCCUUUCACUAAUUCAUAUCUGUGUGUGUGUGUGUUGACGUUUGUGUUCGGUUCUGAUUAA